AUGAAGAGGAGAAAAAAAACCGCGCCACAAAACAACACGCACAAGAGUGCGCUACCCGGAGACUCAACGAACAAGACGAGCGACUGGACCUACGUCCCCCGUGCCAUUCCUACGGGCGAGAGCAAGCCCCACGUUGGGCGCCAGCUGUGGGUCGGGCCUUACCGCUACUGCCUCACCGCCAUCGAUCGGUACACUCGAUGGCCUGGAGUAUUGCCGCUCGAAAGGUUUACCGCAGAAGACGUCGCCUCGGCCUUUUUCACCGGCUGGAUUUCCCGCUUCGGCACUCCUCAUCGCGUCACAACCGAUCAAGGACGGCAGUUCGAGUCCCAACUCUUCAGGCUCCUCGGGCUUUCCACUGGGUUCGAGCGCUCGCAGACCACCAGCUACCACCCCUGCGCCAACGGGAUGAUUGAGCGGUUUCACCGACAGCUCAAGGCAGCCAUCACGUGCCACCCUAACUCAACUUGGCUCGAGGCUCUCCUGGCCGUCGCUCUUCGUCUGCGCGCCACUUUAAAACCAGACAUCCAGACAACGCCUGCAGAACUGGUUUACGGGGAGCCGCCUCGCCUACCUGGGAAACUUCUCUCCGCUGCAACUUCGGACAUCACCAGCUCGGACGCGACAGACUUUGUCGCCCGCCUGCGUCGCACAAUGGCCUCACUGCGCCCGCCACCAGCAGCACGUCACACGAAGCAGACCCCGUUCGUGUUUAAGGACUUGUCAACGUGCUCGCAUGCCUUUCUCCGCGACGACAGUGUACGUGCGCCGUUUCAACCACCUUACUCCGGACCCUAUAAUGUCAUCCGCCUUGACAACAAGACAUUCACCCUUCAAAUCAGCGGGAGGGAUGUUCGCGUCUCCGUCGACCGACUGAAGCCAUGA